AUGUCGAAAGUCUUUGUCCCCAGUAAGAACCUUCUGGCGACCUUCUCGCGAGCUCUAAGACACGGUAACCCUCAGCCCAUCUCCGCCCAAUGCCAGCGAUUAUCAACCAUCACCACACCUGGUCUGCCCAGAACAGCACCACAGCCGUCAUGUCUACACUCGACCCCUAAGACAGGAGUACGCACGUUCAGCACCUCUCCACAGCGGAAAUACAAGACGGUUCAAGAGCAGCGCUCUCGGUACCGUUCCGGGCCCUUCUCCUGGAAAGCAGGUCUCCUCUUCCUCAUCUCGGGCGCGGGCCUGAUCUUCUACUUCCGCUAUGAGAAGGCGCGGAUGGAGCGCAAGCGCGUGGCGGAGGCUACGAAGGGCGUCGGGCGGCCCAAGGUCGGCGGGCCCUUCGAGCUCGUGGACCAGAAUGGGAAGCCGUUUACGGAUGGGGAUAUGAAGGGCAAAUAUUCUUUGGUCUACUUCGGCUUCUCUCACUGCCCCGACAUCUGCCCCGAAGAGCUGGACAAGAUGGCCCGCAUGAUCGACCUGGUGCGCGCCUCGGCCCCGUCCUCAGCCCCUCCCCUCCUUCCCAUCUUCAUAACCUGCGACCCGGCCCGCGACACCCCGGCCGUCCUGGCUACCUACCUGUCCGAGUUCCACCCGGACAUCAUCGGCCUGACGGGCACCUGGGAGCAGAUCAAGCAGGUGUGCAAGAAGUACCGCGUGUACUUCUCCACCCCGGAGGGUGUCAAGCCAGGCCAGGAUUACCUCGUCGACCACAGCAUCUACUUCUACCUGAUGGAUCCUGAGGGCGAUUUCGUCGAGGCCAUUGGGAGACAGCAUAGCCCUGAGCAGGCGGCGAGCAUCAUCAAGUCGCAUAUGGGCGAUUGGAAGGGGAAAUAAGCCGACCGCUGAGGAACUAAGGUAUAUAAUGGAUGCUUAAGGGAGGGGAAUGUUCAAUGAAUGAUUUGUGGAAGGCUUGGCCAAGAGAUGGGGAGUGUAUCAAUACAUGUAUACCGUGUACAAAAGUUAUUCUUCCAGGAUAGAAGGGUUUCGCAACUCCAACACUUCAAAAAUGAAUUUUACAUAUACGUCUAUAUCUC